UAUAUAUAUAUAUAUAUAUAUAUAUAUAUAGCCCAUACCAUAACUAUUACUUCAACCAUCUAACAUCUUCUUCCAAAGUCACAUAUUCUACAUUCAACCUCUCAAAAACUUCAUUUUUAUAUUUAAAAAAAGAAGAUGGCUACUACUACUUACCACUCUCGAUCAAACAGUUUCCCAUCUCAAUCUCAUCCAGCAAUCGAAAACGUUGAAGAUCAUUUGUGCAGAUUUAGGGCCCACUCAGAAUCCACUUCUGUGUGUGCUAACUUGGCUAGCCUCAGAAAUCUACACGAAGGCAUCGAUGAUUUGAUUCAAAUGCCUUCAGUCCAGCAAACACUUUCUCAAGGAAAUUGGAUAAACGAGUUGCUUGAGGGAUCUCUCAAGCUCGUUGAUCUAUGUGCUCUUUCUAGAGAGAUUGUUUCGUUGACAAAGGAAUCUGUUCAAGAUCUAGAAUCGUCAAUCAGGAGAAAUAAAGCCGAAACAGCCACAUCAUCCGAUGUCAGUGCUUAUGUGGCAUCGAGAAAGAAGAUCACUAAAAUGGUCAGCAAGAGCAUCAAGAAUUUGAAGAGCUUCGACCAUAAGUCGACAACAGAUAACAAUUUAUGGACAAUGAUGAAAGAAGUAGAAUCCCAUGAUUUAUCAGUCCUAAAGUCGGUUUUAAUCCUAUUGUCUGGCGAAAACGAAAAAUCAAGCAAGACAAGUUGGUCGUUGCUUUCAAAGUUCUCCACCCAAAACAGCCGUGUUUAUUCAGAAAAUGGUGCUGAGGAUUUGAGUUCGUUAAACAUCCAAAAGUCAACAAAAAACAUGGAUAGCAAAAGCAUGUUGAAGCAGUUGAAGUCAUCGGAAAUGACAAUCCAAGAAAUCGAAGAGGGAUUAGAAGCCUUAUUUAGAAGUUUAAUCAAAACUCGAGUUUCACUUCUUAAUGUUCUUAGCCAUUAGUCGUCUAAUUGGCUCGGGAUAAUUUUCACAUUUUUGACCAUACCAUACAAACAAGUGUAUAUAUACAUCUGUAAAUGAGAUAAAAUAUCAAUACCAAUACUUCAUCAUCUAUAUAAUUCAGUGCACAAAACCUCAACUCAACAUCUUUUUUUUUUUUUGUAUUAUCUGUCUAGAAUUAUUGAUCUGCUAUAAUUGCCGAGAGUAUUAUUUGCACGUUUAGAUGUUUAUUAUCGAUAAUUGAUUAAGUAAUAACAUAGUACGAUAUGAAUAUUACGUACAUGCAAUAACUAAUUGAUCAUUUCUUGAGACUAGACUGUCAAGAUUCCUCUUGUUCUAAAUCAUUGAUCAAUUAUGUUAAUUAAUCUUACUCGUCGAGCCUGUAAUAUAUUUUUCCAUGUCUGAAGAUCAGUAACACCAGCUUAAUAAAAUAAUUUCAAUCAAAUAACAGAUCAUAAACACCAUACUAUUAAAUACACUUAAUCACUGUCAAGAUUCCUAAUGCUUCAAGAUCAAUGUAUAUUUAAUGUGUUAAAUUAAUUUUUAUUUAUUUUUAUUUUUAUCUAUAGUUUUUAUAAUUUAAGAAACGUACAAAGCCGCAAUACAUGUAACAUCUAUUAAUACUAGUAAGAACUAAUUAGAAAACAAGUACAAUUUUUUAUUUUUUUAUUCGGUUUUAAAAUAAAAAGCCGCAAUAGAUUUUGGGAUGAAGAUUUUGUUCUCAGAAUUGUAGCCCCCCAUUGUUUAUAUGUAUUAUCUAUUAAAACUAGUAAGAAACUAAUUGGAUAAAAAUAACAAUUUAUUUCUACAAAUGAUUAUAUAUUGAUGUUGUUGUGAAAUUUAUAGAACUUCAAUCCCACCCUUUGCAUACUGAUCUGCUUCACUUGAGUCAACUUUCACAUCUGAAGC